AUUUCUUUUUCCUGGAACCUCCCUUUAAGCCGCCCUGGACUUUUGAGCCUUUGUUCACGCUGGUAAACAAGCUGUGUAUAUAUAGGGCUUGGCUGUAGACUGCAGGGCAGAGCAGUGUGCAGACGAUCAAGGGCAGAGUGAAGCCCAACCAUGUGGAGAGGCUUUGCUCUUGCCCUGGCUCUCUGUCUACUCCCUUGGGGAGGGGCAGAGAGCCAGGGGCACCAUACACUGUGCAAAAAGCCUCCAGACUGGAAGAUUGGAACCCAGAAUCCCAUGUUGGAUUCAGAAGGAUCAGUCACAGUUGUGGCACUCCUGUCACCAAGCUGAUUCUUGUGCCUUCUGCAGGCUACCAGUUUGGAAGAACUGCGGCUGAAACUGGAGAAUGAAAGCUACAUGAACGUGUCCUUCAUUGUGGUCAAUCACCAAGGGGAAGAUGCCCGAGCAAAAUACAAUGAUCUGAAAAUCCGGGUCUCUGAGAAUAUUCCAGUGUAUCAACAAGAAGAGGGCCAGGCGGACAUCUGGAGCCUGCUGAAAGGAGACAGAAAUGAUUUUUUAAUUUAUGACAGGUGUGGACGACUGGUGAAACACAUUUUGCUUCCUUUUUCAUUCUUGGAAUUCAACUAUGUUGAAAAUGCAAUAAAGCAGGUGUACUGUGGCAGCACUUGUGGAGAAUGCAAAUAUGAGACUCCCAAUGAUGUGUGCAAGAAAGAAGAAGAGAUACCAACACAGGCAAAAACUGAUGAAGACCAAGAAGAGGCACCCAAGCAUCUCCACCAUCAUCGUGGGCAUAACCAUCACAAGGAGAAAGAGACUGCAGCAGAAGAUUCUAACAGGCCAAAUGUCCAUGUUCACAAAAAGCACCACCACCGCCACCACAAGGUAGAGGAUUGCCAAACCCCUCUUGAUAGGGUAGCAGAACGUAAUGAGCCAGAGGGUAGGGUGGAAGGUGCACCUGAUAGGGCAGUUGCCCCGAACAGUGAUACAGAGGGCCAAGCUUUAGAAAAUAAGCUCUGAAAGAAGCUUAAGAGCUGACGAAAGCGGUACCUUUGAGAUUGGCAACAGAAGUCAGGGAAGGUUUCAAACAGCUGAUGCUGACAUUGCAGACGUCUGUCCUUUGAGACAGCACAAAAUGGAGUCACCUGACAGUGUAAGGAGGUUCUACCAGCUUCAUGUCAGUGACAUGAGCUGUUGUCAGAAAACAUGACAGAAUCCUGACAGUGACGUCAGCCUCCAGCUGCAUGACGAAAAGCAAGUGCAGGCCAGCCUGAUUCCAAGCUCCCCUCAGUAACUAAGCACCGCAUUGCAUGAGAAUGAUCAAAAGAGACAGAAAACUGACAGUGACAGGAAUACCGCGUUGCCUGAGAAUGAUCGAAGGAAACAGGAAACUGACAGUGACAGCAACAGUGCAAGGUUCACGAGUAAGCUGCUAAGUAGACACCUCAAUGCCUCUGCCGUGCAUCUCCACUCAUAAGGCCAGAUAUCAUUUGUCAUCUAUAAAACACUGACACUGUAAUGUGACCUCCACAGAAGAGUGACCAUUUUAAUGCCAAAAGAAAUGUAGGAUUCUAGAGCAGAGUUGGGCAAUCUUCAGAUCUUUGAGAACAUCAGAUUUAGCAAGGUUUGUUAGAUCUCAGAGUGCUUUGGUGAUCCCAAGGUUGCCCAGGCCUGAUUUAGGGGGAUGCAUAGGCUAUUAUACGAUUCCUGUUUCCUAAGAUCACAAUGGUUAACUUGAUUUCUGCUCCAGAGUUAGACAAUGGGCUGCAGUGCAGUUUGUUGCUUGACCCUUAAGCAUUAAGCAGGUUAACCUUGAGGACAUCUGUGCUGUAGGAACUUUUGAAUGCAGCUCAAGUAUUUAGCCUCUCUUGUUCAACUCCUUAGUUUUUGGUUGCAUCCAUGAAGGCUGAAGCAUAAACUACAAAAUAGGGGCUUUUGUCUGAUGCCCGCAACCAUGACUGGACGAAGAGCUAGGGAAGAAACCAAACUUUUUGAGUCCUAUUUUUUAUAUGUAUAUUUUUUUUGUCUGUAGUAAGCUUGAGACUCGUAACUCUAGAGAGUUUUACUUUUUGAUCUUUCUAUCCAACCAAACAAACAUCAACCAUUAAGCUACACUUCUCAUUUUCAAUUUUCUAACUUGUGCAAGAGUAGAAUGUAUAGAUUAAGGCUGACGUUUUGAGAUAUUAGAAGUAUUUGUUGAGUAACCGGCUUUGAUAGCAGAUGUUGUAAAUUAAUGAUGGUUUACAGGUAAAUGAUCACCUUGUGAACUUGACCAAACCUUUAUAGCAAUACUAUGAAGCAGGAAUGUUGUAUGUUUUUCACGAAGAUGUCUGAUGUCUUAAAACAAAUGCAAUAAAAGAUUAAUGCACA